UACUGCAUUGGCACAAAAACAGGUGCUCAAGGCCUUGCAUGAAUCUGAUUCAAGUAAACCUGCUAUUUUUGCGAUGUCAAAUCCCACCAUGAAUGUUCAAAGAAAGAUAUCACUAUCACCCAAUUUAAAGAAGCGUCAACUGGGAAAAUCAUCAGAAUACUAUAGAUAUCUCGGAAACAAGGAGAGUUCGAUAGAGAAGAGAUUGAAAAGAUGAGAACCUUAUUGAAAACUCUUGAAAAGCCUACUAUGGUAUGUUUCUUGGGUAAGGUCUGUAGUUCAGGUAAAGCUUCUGGUUUUCAUAGAUUAAAUGUCUCAGUUAAGCUUAUUACGAGUUUUUGGGUCAUUGAUUCAGGGGCCACAAACCAUAUGACACAUUCCUCACAGAAGUUUAGUACAUAUACCCUGUGUCCUAGUAAUAAGAAAAUUAUUAUUGCAAAUGGUUCACUUACUACAGUGGCAGGAUUAAGAGAUGUUCAAGCUGAAUGCACUGCUGCUGAUGCUUUUAAGCAUGCUGGAGAAAACAUAGUCUUCGCCAGUGGAAGCCCUUUUGAAAAUGUCAAUCUUGGUAAUGGCAAAGUGGGCCACGUAAAUCAAGCAAAUAACAUGUACCUGUUCCCGGGGAUUGGUUUGGGAGCUUCACUCUCAGGGUGUCAAUGAGAUGCCAUCCUUGCAGCCUUGCAUUUUAUAUGACCGACGAAGAAAUCCAAAAGGGCAUCUUGUAUCCAUCUAUCGAUAGGUAAUAUUCUCUACUUUCACUGGUGACUUCUCCUUAGCUGUUCAAAGUGGUGAAAAUUAUUUGUUCUGUUCUUUGUUAUUUACUCAUAAUUUCAAUGGAC